GGUAGAAAUGGCGCUCCCGAUGUGGUUCCGCUGUGUUUUUGGGCCCAAACUGCAAAGAAUUCACCGCUCACCGGACCAGACCCGACCCGACGGCAGAACCGGGAGACGGGGAUGGCUGUACCAGCCCAGAACUUUGGAAAAACACACGGACAGCAUCCUCGGAGUGGCGUCUGCUCUAUGGUCACUGUCCUACUACAGCUCGCCCUUGCUCCUCUGUUACCUCUACAGGAAAGGGUAUAUCUGCAGCAGUAAGCUGGUUCCUGUCAGUCAGUAUGUUGGGACAGUACUGGUGUGUUUGCUGGGUGUGGCCUGUCUUAGAGGUCUGGGCCGAUGGAGGAACCCUGACUAUCUCCAGUUCAUCACCAUUCUGGAGGAAACCAAGAAAAAUCACACCCCUAGCAACAAGAAGAAGCUAGCCUGUUACAGCUUUGAUUUCGCCCACUGGCCUGCAGAUUUCAGCUGGAGAGAAGUCAGCAGUCCGAAGUUAUCCAAAGGGGGCGUGUCCCUGCUGAAGCCAGAGCCCAAACACAGAGGAGCAGCAGACAGCUGGCUCAACUCAGUCCGCACACUGCCCUGUCACGUCAUCAGUUUUCUGAUCACCCACUCCUUUGGGCGGAGGAUGCUCUAUCCAGGGUCAGUUUGGCUUCUGCACAAAGCCAUCAGUCCAAUGCUACAACAGGGACAGGCCAAACUGGUGGAGGAGUAUGAAGGAGAGAGAAAUAAGCUAAUAGCCUGUGAUGGGAAUGAAAUUGACACCAUGUUUGUGGAUCGGAGGAGAGAGGGAGGACCCAACGGCAAAACUCUGGUGAUUUGCUGUGAGGGAAACGCAGGUUUUUAUGAAGUGGGCUGUAUGAACACUCCCCUGGAAGGUGGAUACUCAGUCCUUGGUUGGAACCACCCAGGUUUUGCAGGCAGCACAGGUGUUCCGUUCCCUCAGAAUGAAGCCAAUGCGAUGGAUGUGGUGAUUCAGUUCGCUGUUCACAAACUGGGCUUUCAGCUCAGUGACAUCGUCAUCUACGCAUGGUCCAUCGGCGGAUUCACAGCGACCUGGGCGGUGAUGUCAUAUCCUGAGAUCAAGUCCGUGGUUUUGGACGCAUCCUUCGAUGACCUCUUACCCCUUGCCCUGAAGGUCAUGCCUGACAGCUGGAGACCAUUGGUGACUCACACAGUGCGACAGUACAUGAAUCUGAACAAUGCAGAACAGCUUUGCAAGUACCAGGGACCAGUUUUAUUGAUCAGAAGAACCAAAGAUGAGAUUAUCACAACAACGGGUCCAGAGGACAUUAUGUCCAACAGAGGAAAUGACCUGCUGCUCAAACUGCUGCAGUUCAGGUAUCCUAAAGUAAUGACAGAAGACGGCAUUAGGGCCGUCAGACACUGGCUGGCAGCGACAACACAGACAGAGGAAGUGUCUGUGUAUAACAGCUAUGAGGUGGAUGAUGAUUGGUGCACGUCCGUGCUGUUGUCCUAUCAGACGGACAGAGAGACGCACUUCCCCUGGAGCGUGGGGGAGGACAUGGCACUUGAAGGCAGAAGGCAGCUCGCUCUCUUCCUGGCGCAUAGGUACCUGCGUAACUUUGAGACGACCCACUGCACGCCCCUGCCCAUCUCUGAGUUUCACACUCCCUGGAGACUGCAGUAGAGAGGGAAAGAAACGGAUGGACGGAUGAGAGAAAGGGAGAGAGAGAGAGAUGGAGGAGGAGAGAUGUCAUAGUGUGUAGCAGGAGCAGGAGUCGAAUCGAGUCACGUCCUAAAAGGAGUUUUAAGUUGUGCCGUCGAAUUAUGAAGUGAUGCCGUCGACUGUCUGGGUAAACGCGACACUUUUGUUUGUUUGGUCAGAUGUUUGUUUGUUUGGUCAGACGUUUGCACGAUUUGGUUCAAAGCUGGACAUUUUGUUGGGGCCGGGGUGGGGGGGGGGGUGCGUUCCCUUUUCACUGGCGAUGUCUCGUACGAACCCUUAUCUAGGCUAUAGAUUUUAAAGUUUACACAAAUGUC